AUAGAUCGUAGUUUGGAGUUGAAGGUUUAUAACUGACAUUAUAUGUUUAUAAGACGUAUUUGGAAAGUUGAAACGUUCUUAUAAUGCGUGUAUAGUAUCGUAGUUAGAAGUUACAGAUUUAUAAGCUGACAUUAUAUGUGUAUGGGUACAUGAGAGCGAUAUUUAAAUUGGAAACAGAAAAACGUACUUACCAUACGUGGUGUAACAUCGAAGUUAAAAGUUGCAGAUUUAUAACGGAUUCAAUAUGUGCGCGCAUGUAAGCCUAUAAAAAAGCGUCGGCGAAAUAAGAAGACAGAACAGAAAAAGUGCGCAUAAUAGACGCGGAGUAGCGUCGUAUUUGACAGUUGGAGGUUUAUACUGUAUGUGUGCGCAUGAAUGUAUGAACGCGAAAAUGGGAAAACAGUAAAAGAAAAAUGUUCCGUUAUUGCAGUGUGAUAUUGCAUCGUAUAAUGACUUGCAGUAAUAGAGGUUAAUAUAGGACUUGAUAGUUUUAUAUUAAAUAUAAAAAUGAGUGCUCAAACGUCGUCUUUAUUGCAAGCCAAUCCUCCAACUGGACCUGGAUCCGCACUGGGGGGCGCCAUAUUAGCCCAUCAUCACGCCAGUGCAUUCGUCAGCAAGAUGCAACAUGUUCACGCAACUCCAACUGACCACCCCACAUCUCCUAUAGGAGGACCAGAUUCCGGUUCGCCUGCUGAGAGUAUUUGUUCAACUACGUCAUCACCAUACCACGUGACCCCUCCUCCGUCAUCACCACCUGUGAUGACGUAUCCACAUUCCAUGACGUCAUCAAGCUCUGUGCUCGGAUCUUCCGUAACGUCACGUGGCUUUGUUAGCAACAGCCCCUACAUGCGAUCCUACGACCCCUGGUACCCCAAGCCCGUCCCUACUGACCCAAUUAACCCAAGUUCGUCACCCUACGUCACUGCUACGUCACCCUGCCCCACCAACGUCAUCGCUACGUCACCAGCUACGUCACCAAACUACGUCACAACAGGACCAACCUACCACCCCAACCCAUGGGAGGCGGCUUUGCAUUCAACAAACACUUGGUUGGAAAUGCAAUCCUUGCAACAUCAUCAUAACCAGAUGGCCGCUUACACGCCCGAAUAUCACCCGACCUUCCCCGCAUCCACUUUAACCCCAUUAGCUACAAAUACUUCACUUCUUACAUCGGCAGCAGCCCAACAUCAUUCCCCCUACGAAACAUUUAAACCAGUUCUCCCGAGCGCCGCGUACACAGACCCGACAUCGAGUCUCCCACCGAUGUUGGCGGCACCUACACUGCCCCCAGCCCCGCGGAAUUCUCGCCGAUACUCCGGCAGAUCCAACUGUAACUGCCCAAACUGCCAGGAAGCUGAGCGCAUAGGACCAGCAGCCGCCGCAUUCAAACCCAAGGUCCACAGUUGUCAUAUACCUGGCUGUGGGAAAGUUUACAAUAAGACUUCCCAUCUUAAAGCCCAUCUCAGAUGGCAUACAGGCGAAAAGAGAUUCGCUUGCCCGGUUUGCAACAAAAGAUUCCAACGAAGCGACCACCUUAGCAAACACGUUAAAGCACAUACCUCCAACGGUGAUACGUCAUCGAAUACGUCAUCAAUCAUAACGUCAUCCCAGCAGGACACAGGAGAGAUCGUCAACCAGAAGAUGCACGUCACAUCCGCUCGUGACGUCAAACCAAAAAUAGCAAAGUUGGUCAAGUGACGUCAUCGGAGUGACGUGAUGAAAUGACGUCAUCAAGGGACGUCAUCGAGGAUAGAAAUCGUAUAAAACGUGGUCGAAAUUCGAGUCGCGAAAUUUGAAGUUUUCUGAAGAAGGAAUGAUUGUUACGUCACAAUGCUACUAUUGUAACCUCCGCUACACGUAGUUUGCGGCAAUGGGCGACCCAUUGUUCGCAGCGCUUUCCAUAUAACCGCGAUUUUGAGAGCAUCGCAUGUGUGUGUAGCUUCGCUUUAAUAAAACGCAUCGUCU